AUGGAAGAUCUCAUGCGCUUGCUGCGUGGCCACGUCCCACGCUCCCAUCUCCUCCAAAUCCACGCGCGCCUUCUCCAGCUCGGCGCCCACCGGGACAACCUCGUCGCCACGCGCCUCAUCGGCCAGUACUCUCCAAGCUCCGCCCUCAGAGUCUUCUACAGCCUGCAAAACCCUAACAUCUUCCCCUUCAACGCCGUCAUCAGGGUUUUAGCCGACGAGGGCCUCGCAUCGAAAGCGUUUUCCAUCUUCAAGGAGCUCCAAAACCGGCCCCUCUCGCCCAAUGGCCUCACAUUUUCUUUCCUCCUCAAGGCUUGUUCCAGGUACGCCGUCGACCAGGUUUGUGUCCGGCAGCUCCACACCCAUAUCCUAAAAUCGGGCCUUUUGUCCGAUUAUGCUGUUUGUAAUGGCUUGCUCACAGUUUACUCUGCGGUUAUUAAGGAUUUACGUUCGGCACACCGCAUGUUCGAUGAAAUGCCCAAGAGAAAUUUAGUUGGUCAUUGGACGUCUUUGAUUUCGGGGUACGCGAAGCUCGGCUUAGCCGAGGAAGUGUUAAAUUUAUUCAUUCUGAUGCUGAGUGAAAAUUUGCAUCCGGAGAAGGAAACGAUGGUUAGCAUUUUAUCAGCAUGUUCGAAACUAGCUACUGUGUACAUUGAGAAAUGGGUGAAUGCACUCACGCAGUGUUUGAACGAUAUCAAGUGCGAUAGCUUGGCUCGUGAUCAUGUUAAUACUGUGCUGGUUUAUCUGUACGGAAAAUGCAGAAAGGUCGAAAAGAGCCGAGAACUGUUCGACAGAAUUUCAUCUGACGGUAAAAGGAGUGUCCUUUCUUGGAAUACAAUGAUAGGUGCAUACGUAAAGAACAGCCGGCCUAUAGAGGCUCUGUCUGUUUUUAAGUUAAUGAUCACUGAUUACUAUUGUGUCCCCAACCACGUCACAAUGGUCAGCGUCCUCUCGGCCUGUGCCGAAAUCGGGGACUUCGAACUCGGAAAGUGGGUGCACGAAUACAUGAAAACCGAAGGUCGAAAGGGCGUAUUAUCAUCUAAUGUGAUUCUUGCUACUGCAUUAAUCGACAUGUACACAAAGUGUGGCGAUUUGCGUUCGGCAAAACACGUUUUUACCCAAAUAACCUCAAUCGAUGUGGUCUUGUACAAUGCCAUGAUCAUGGGCCUUGCCGUAAAUGGCGAGGCCCAUGAGGCUUUGAGACUCUAUUCUAGAAUGCACGAUCUUCAUUUACGUCCGAAUUCCGCAACUUUCCUCGGAGCACUAUGCGCGUGCAGCCACUCAGGCCUCUUACAAAGAGGGCGCGAAAUCUUCCACAGCAUGAUCCGGGAAAAUUCAGCUAGCCCCGGACUAGAACAUUAUGCGUGCUAUGUGGACCUUUUAUCGAGGUCCGGUUUUAUCGAGGAGGCUCUUGGUGUAGUGGGCUCUAUGCCUAUGGAGCCCAAUAACUUUGUGUGGGGUGCCUUACUUUCGGGAUGCAUGCUCCACAACAGGUUGGAAUUGGCCCAGAAUGUUUCGGCCAUGCUUGUGGCCGUGGACCCCGAAAACUCGGCUGGCUAUGUUAUGUUGUCCAACACAUUAGCCGCCGACAGUCAGUGGCGUGACGUGUUGAAGUUGAGGGGGUUGAUGAGAGAUAAACGGGUCGGCAAGCAACCCGGGAGGAGUUGGAUCAAUGUAGGUGGGGUCGUACGUGAAUUUGUUGCCGGGUGCGGCUCGUUUGGUGAGAUCGGUGGGAUUCACGAGAUGAUGGAAUCUUUGUUGAAAGAGAUGAGAUUGUCUAGCUCAUAA